AUUUUAAAAUGGCAUCAAACGCCCAGCCUCAGGAGAUAUUCGAAAGUUAUAUCAGACAACAGCUAGAGGUACUUCAAGAAAAGAGGGAGGAUGUUAGCACGGCUGCAGACAAUUAUAUUGAUCGGGUAAAAUAAGAAUUUUUAUAAUUGAAAAGAAAAUUACAAUAGGGGUAUUGUUUUUCAGAAUUUUUUUUUAAAUACGUCAUAAUGUUAAAAUAUCCAAUUCGUAAAUCAAUUUUAUUAUCAGUCAUAUUUCGAUAUAUGAUAAAAUUAUAUAACAGCGAUGAUUUAAUUCAACGAAAUAAAAUAUAUGUAUUUGAUUUCUACUGUCAAUAAUUAAUCUGCUUACAUCUAAAUAAUAUUUAGGUACACAUGGACGUAGCUAAUUGGCUGAGUGGUGAUCAAGUCAAUCAGACUACAUUUGAGGGUCUUUCUAACAGAAUUCAACAAGCAGUGACGUUUUUCGUUACAAAAUCUGUAGAAUUUGCAGGUGACACUUUUACAAACCUAAACAUCCCCUAAAGCUAAAUUAAUGGUAGUUUAAAUCUAAAAGUUAUAAAUGAUACGCUGUUUCACAUAAAAAAGUAAAUAAUACAUUAUAUAUAUAUACAUAUAAAUAUAUAUAUAUAUAUAUAUAUAUAUAUAUAUAUAUAAAUAGAUAGAUAUAUAUAUAUAGAUAUAUAUAGAUAGAUAUAUCUAUCACAAUAUUUCAUUUUCUAACAAAUUUAUAUCUUUUAAAAAAAAAAAUAAAAAAGUAAAUAAUACAUUAUAUAUAUAUACAUAUAAAUAUAUAUAUAUAUAUAUAUAUAUAUAUAUAUAUAAAUAGAUAGAUAGAUAUAUAUAGAUAGAUAUAGAUAGAUAUAGCUAUUGCAAUAUUUCCUAUUCUAACAAAGUUAUAACUUUUCAAAAAAAAAAGUUAUUUAAUAGUUUAACAUUUAAUUUAAUACUAUUAAAGACAAUCGUUAUGUAAGAUAUCAUUUGGUGUACACUAGCAGGGAAGUUGAGUGGCUUUUCCAAAUUGGGCCUCUUUGAAAUUUGAGACUCUCUACAACAACGCAGGGUCUGCAAGCCCCACUCGUUGACUUUGUACACACCUGAAGUUUAAAUAUAGGCCUACACACACUCUCUAUUUUAAGUAACACUAUAAUGUCUGAAUUAAAAAUAUAAUGUUUAGGUCCUCUAAAUAAUGUGAUUGAAGAUGAUGCUAGUCAGAUUCCGCUCCCACAUGCAUGCGUGUCCAAUAGUUCUCAAACGGAGAGGACGUCAACAAGUGAAGAAUUCAUUCGUAAAAAAAGUAAGGAAGCAAUUUUUAUCUGCCUUUUCACUGUAUUGUCAUUGGGUAUCCACACAUAAAAUGCUGACAAUUCUUAAAUUAUUUCCUUUUCAAAAUAUUUUUAUUAAAUUUAAUCUGCUUUAAAUAAUAAAUUCCGCUUUAUUUAACAUUCUAAUAAUCACUUUAGCAGUUUAUUUUACAUUGAAAUUUUGUGGAAAAGUCACAUAUAAGAUAACUGUAGUGUGAUGCAUUGUUCAUAUUAAAACUUUUUUUUGUUCCCCCCCCCUCCCCAAUUAUUCAUUAAUAAAUUGUUACAUAAAUAGCGUUAAAAUUACUUCCUUACAUUUUCAUUAGUAGGUGAACAAGUAGAAAAUUUCUCAAAAAUAAUGACUGCGAGGUUUACCAUACUAGAGGAAGCUGUAUUAUCACUGAAGAGAACAACUGAACAAGUUCAAGAAAAACAAGAAAAUGUCAACAAAAAACUGGAAAUAUUAACAAAGGUUAGUUUAAAAUUCAAGAAAAAAAAUAGAACGAAGAAGUACAGUACUUCAGAAAACAAAUCAUUAAAACGUACUCAUAAGUGGAUUAUUUGUUUCAAACGUAAUGAAAUGUUUACCUGAAGUUAAACAGAGUAGAAGAUGAAUAUAGGGCUAUCGGAGUAUCAACGAAUGAACUCAAUAAACAGAUCAGCUCUGUUAGAAUUUGUUACAAUGACGCCCUUUUGUCUAUAGAAGUUUUGUUAAAGAGCGUCGAGAGUACAAAUUAGCAGUAUGAGGAAAUGUCUAAUAAAAUGAAUGAACUGGAAAUCCCAAUUAAUCUUAAGUCAACUCAGUAAACUGAGAUGUUUGAGAAAAUGAGCAAUCUUAAAAAGAAUAUAGUUAACUAUAUGGUAAAGUUAUUUCCUCAGUUAUGGUUUUAUAACAGCGCUACUAGUAACCCUAAAAACGUUCUCUACCAUUUAUUAUUUAUGUCUCCAUAAUUGUUGAAAGUCCAGAUAAAAAACUUGUCAAAAUAAAAUACACACAAAAAAUAUAUAUAUAUAUAUAUAUAUAUUAUUAACUACAUCGGCAUGGCUAAUUCCAUCUGGUACGGUGAAUAGAAAAAAAUUAAAUGUUGAAAGUAAAAUCAAUAACUUUGUCAAAUAACUGCAUCAUUAUAAGAUAUAUCUAACGCUGACAAUAAUAAACAAUAUAAAAUAUAAUAAUAAUUAAGAAGUUACAAUAUUUUUGUUAAAUGCCAGUUUUGUUACAUUGCAGGGAUUUUUUUAUUUUUGAUUGGCUUAAGUUUAAAAUAUUCAGAUUAGGAAAUAAAUGUAAAUUCAUAUGUAGACAAUUUUAACAGGUAAAAUACUUAAUUAUAAUUAUUGGAAAUAACAUUUUACCACACUGAUUAUCAAUGAUUAUCCUUUGUUUAAGUCUUGUUAAGGAAAGUAAAUUUUAACUGCAAUAACAAAAUGUUUUUUUUUAUAUCCAUAAAUCGUAGCAUAUUCUGUUUUGAUCAUUAAUUAUUGUACGACUAUAGUUACAAUAUACCAAUUUAAUAUACAAUUUUCUAAAAAAAGAAACAACACGUCUUGAUUAUGUUAAUUUAAUGAACUCAAUUAUUUAUUGUCGUAUCUAUUUUAGACCAUGUCUCACCCAUUCAUCUUUUGAUACAUAUUCUUUUAAAUUGUAAAUUUACUGAAUUAAAUAAUUUGGUAUUUACUUGAUCUUUUUCAUUUAAUAACAAAUUAGAAGUAACAAUGAGAAAGUAAUAAGAACCAUUCAAACAAAAUUUCACAAAAAUGGAAUUCUUCAGUAUAAAUUAUAAAGCAGGCUUUAAUUUGUUUCUAUAUUUUGCAGGUAGAAGCUAUUGAUACAGAAUUGGCCAAAAUAUCCAGGAAAGUUGCACAAAUUGGUAAGUUCAUUUUAAAAAAAAAAAUAUGUUGAAAAUAAAAUAGAAAUACUUUUAAUUUAAUAAUAAAUAUCUCAUGAAAGAUACUUGGUUUCUUUAAAAAAAAUUAAUUCAUUACAAGAAUUUUUUAAAAUUAGUCAUGACUGCUUAAUUUAUUCUUCUUUUGCUAUUUUUUUUUUAAAAAUAACAAUGCUUUGUUGAAUUGAGAUUGUGUCUAUAUGACGAUGUUAUAUAUAUCAUCAACUAAUUUCAAAUUCAAAGGGUGAACAAAAAACAAAAACUUUGAAAGUAGCUUAUACCAUUUAUUAUCUAGAUUUAUUGACUUUAAAAAAAACACAGGGAAAAUUUUUAUUGUGUUAAGAUUUUAAUUAGUAUUUUUAUCUUGAUUUUAAAUUGGUUAAAUCUAGAAACAGUGAGAGAAGAAAAUAUUCACAUGUAACUCUAUGCACAUGGCUGUUUGCUUAGAGAACAAGCUACGCAAGUCACCAUAGUAACGUUACUGCUAUAGAAUUAAUUCAUCAUAUGUUCUUAUUUUUUGUUUGUUUUACAGAAAGUAAAGUCAACCAUCCCACUAUAUUAUUCAACGCCUGUAAAAAAUUAAACCCCAGCCUUGGAUGUUAUGUAGACAAGUUUGAUGAUGUUUCAACCAACUUUGGAAGUCAUUUUGAUCAGUCUUCAGGGGAAUUCACUGCACCUCUAGAUGGUUUUUAUUUAAUAAGUAUUAAUAUAUUUGGAAUACCUGAGGGAUCAUUCAAUAUUGAAUGUAUUCAGAAGGUGAAAAAUAUGCAAUUUACAUUUGGACAUUCUCGUAAACUCUGCUGUGUAUCUGACAACGAAUGUGUCACAUGUUUAGUUUCAUUAACAGCAGGAGAUAAGCUAGUUUUGCGAUUGGAAACUAAGGUUGUAACACCCUUUAGUUUUAUUAAGAUUGAGUUUUCAUGUUUUAUGAUAAAAAAUUAAUAAUGAGCACGUUAAAAUGUCGUUGUUAAAUAUACGUCAAUUAUGUGUAUACCCUUUAAAAAAAAGAUAAUAGUGAUACCCAAAAAUGACGGCGAACUUCAAAUAAAUUAGAUCGCAAAUGUAAAAAAAAAAAAAAUAUAUAUCUGUAAAGCUACAAUAAUAACUGAAGUUAUACGAAACAAAAUGGUGAAAAUCGAUUGAGCUGACCUGGGGUGUACUCGCCAACAACAUUGACCAGUAACCACAGCGUUUUUUACCGGUUUGAUGAAGAAGAGAUGGAUUUACAUAGCUGUACCGUUAUUCUUGAUUUUUUUCUUGGUUUUUUUUUUCAAUAACUAGAAAAUAUUACGUGAUGUUAGCCAGAUAACAAUGAAGGCACUUUGCGAUAAUUUACACCUGCUAUUUCUUAUUUUAAAAGGCAUCAUCUAUGUAAUGAUAUUUAUGUUUCUAAUCUCAUAAAAAAUCGUGAAAAUUAUUGUUCUGCUAUAUUUUAUAACGCCUACACAACUUCUUUUUGUGCUCCUA